AUGCCCGGCGUCAAGAGAAAGGCCGAAGCCUCGACCUCCACACCUUCAUCUUCAAAACAUACAGCCAGCCCAUCAGCACGAUCCAGACCACAGUCGACGCCUACUUUGUCACGUAAGCCCAACAACGGAACCAUUUACAUGGAUGAUAGCGAUAACAAUGAUGGCUUCGAUGAUGGCGAGGACUUGCUUGAUUCGGCCUUGCAUGGAACCGGCUCAGCUGCUCUGCCAGAUGCAUCAGACGAUGAUGACGAGGACAGCGAAGAGGACGAUGAGGAGCACGAGGACGAGGAAGCUUCUGAGGCCGCAUCACAGGACGAGGUUGAGCUCGCCUCAGAUCAAGAUGAUGACGAUGAUGAUCAAGUUGACAGCGAUGAUGAGGAGGAGGCAGAGGACAGCUACGAUCACGUGGAGCCUGGCGAGGCUGAGCUCAUGUCAGACGAGGACAUGGACGGCGGUUUCGAAGAUCUCGAAGCUGAUGGCGACGACAACGGUACAGCCGGUGCACAAGCUGCUUCAGCUUCUGAGAACGCAACUGCUGCAGCAUACGAGUCUCGCAGAACCGCUAAGAGCGCACUCUACGCUCUCCCGACAACUGCAGAAAUGCAAGGACUGAAGGAGACUGGCGAGCUGUUCAAGAACAAUGUCUUCAGGCUCAAGGUCGACGAGAUGCUUCCCGAAGUGCGUCCCGCAUAUCACAAGGCCAGCGCGCUCGAUCUUGUCCUCCGCAGGCUGCAUCAGCUUUUCGAGUCUCUCGCUCCCAUUGACCCCAAGCCCGUUGGCGAGGCGAUCAAAGGCUUCCAAAGGCACACUUCCGGCUCUAAAGUCCGCAUUCCCUUUCCCGACCCAGCUCCCAAGACCGACGCCAACUACAAGCUUGGCUUUGAGAAGCCUUCCGCCAUGCACCUCGUCGGCAGCUGGCCACUCAAGUCCGCUGCUAAACGCCCAGAAGGGAUUGACGUCGACGUUGCCGCUGUCAUGCCAUCAAGCCUCUUCCAGCCCAAGGACUACGUCAACUUCCGAUACUUCCACAAGAAGGCAUUCUACCUCGCAGCGCUCGCACACGCCAUCCAGACCGCAGAGGACGAGCAUGACGUUCACCUCGGAAUCACUGCCUCGUUUGCGCUAGUCGACUCGGAUCCACGACGACCCAUUUUGAUGCUCAAGCCGAUUCACGACAAGUCCGAGACGGAUUUCUCCAAGCUCAAGUGCAACAUUCGUAUCCACCCUUCCAUAGAGCCGGACACCUUCAAGCCUAUUCACCUAGGCCCUCUGCGCAGUAACGUCCGUGUAGCCGCCACAGACGCUGCAGAAUCCUCUACCGGUGCUGCUUCGAGCGCAGCCGCAGCUACACCUCGCUACAAUGCCGCGGUUCUCGCCGACACACUGCAUCUUCCCCACCUCGUCUACUUACACAAGGUAGCACAAGCUUGCCCUGCUUUCGCGGACGCAUGCCUGCUGCUCAAGACAUGGGCCUUCCAGCGUGGAUUUGGUUCUGGUGGACGUUCCAACCCAAAGCGCUCCGAAGAGGACUGCCGUCGACUUGUAGCCGGUACUGCCUCUUUGCGCUUCAUCCUUGCCAUGAUCCUUGCUCACCUCUUACAAGGCGAGGAGAAACGUGCUUCAGGCAAGCGAGACACGACCAAUGCGGGACGAAGCAAGCUCGCCAACAGCUUCUCCAGCUACCAGCUCUUCCGUGGUGUCAUGGACUGGCUUGCAAAGCACGACUUCCGCGUCAAUGCUUCGUUCAUGAAGUCUAUGCCAGAGGCUGGUCUCGUUUCAAGGUCAGACAAGGUGCCGCGAGAGGACUUCAGCAAAGUCUUCGACCGUGUUCUGGUUGACCCUAGCGGAACACUGAACCUGUUUGCCUUUGUCCCUACUGGGUCGGUUGACCUGCUGCAAUACGAGGCGAGGAGGACGUUCGAAAUGCUCAACGAUCCCAGCUCGGAUCACUUUGAUGCCCUGUUCUUGCAAGAUCGAACUGCCGCACCGUUCACUUUCGACGAAGUAGCCCGUAUCGAUCUGCCUGUCUCUGCUGCCAAGUCCACCGUAAAGGACAAGAGCAACGGCGUCGGUGUAUCAACAUCAACACCAACCCAACGCGCAGACUUCGGCACUUCGUUCCAAGCCGCUAUGAUCCAAGUCAGCACCACCGCUUCGCGUGCACUCGAAGGUCGAACCAAACUCGUUGCGCUCCUGCAUCCAGCGACAGGGGGUCUCGCUGGAAUCUGGCGACUUGACGGCUCCAGGCCAGCAGCCUCGAGCGAUGCUGAGAUCGGUCUCGUCCUCGACGGCGAGCAGGCUUGGAGGAUGGUCGAGCACGGCCCUUCAAGCCAGGAAACCGAGAAAGCGGAACAAUUCCGUGCAUUCUGGGGUAAGAUGUCUGAGUUGCGUCGAUUCAAGGAUGGUCGAGUGCUGGAGAGUGUGGUAUGGCCCGUCACCACGCAAGCUUCGCGCUUUGCCAUCCCACGACGCAUUCUCUCCUACGCACUCUACCGCCACCACGCCAUCCACGAGUCGCAGAUCCAUUUUGUCUCUUCCAACUUCGAGUCGCUGCUUGAAACCGACACAACCCUCGCUAGGACCGCACAUUUGGUCAGCACCGAAGAUAAAGGCUUUACCCUCGUCCAAUCCGCAUUCGACCAGCUAUCCAAGGAUCUGCGCGCGCUUGAAUCUCUACCACUCUCCAUUAUUUCCAUUUCGCCUGCUUCUCCCGGCUUGCGAGGAACAAGUACAUUCGUCCCAGCUCCCAUCAACCUUGAGCUGCUCGGCGAUCGCAUCCCCGACUCUGCAUCCUACUUGCCCGUCCAGGACAUUAUCAUCACCUUCGAAGGCUCCGGCAAGUGGCCCAAUGAGCUUGCCGCGAUUCAGGCUAUGAAGGCUGCCUUCCUCGAGCGCAUGUGUCUCGAAAUCAGCAACAAGAUCGCCAGCACCACUUGCCGCGUUGUCUUUGACCCGAACGCCACAUCGAAGAUGGAGGAUCAGUGCAGUUUGGAGUUGAUUCUUGGGAACGGCUUUGCUUUCAGGGCAAGCAUCAUGCACAACAGGGAGAAGGUGUUGCUCGAGCGCAUCCUGGCUGACCGAUUCGAGUCGGCCGGUGCCAAGCGGCGCGCAAGGAAGAUCCUUCACGAGUGGCAACGUCGAUUCGAGGCAUUGCCUUUGCACCAUUCCUACAUUGCCUCGAUGGGUCAUCGUUUCGCCUCAUUCGGUGGAGCAGUGCGAUUGACGAAGCGUUGGCUGGCUAGUCAGAUGCUCUCGUCGCCCGCCAUCCCAGAGGAGCUCAUUGAGCUUGUGUGCGCUGCAGCAUACCUGUCUCCGGAGGAAGGAGCGCCAGCUUCGGCAGUAGCAGGUCUUUUGAGAAUUCUGCGACUGCUAGCCAACUGGAGAUGGAAAGAAGAGCCUUUGAUGGUCCCCAUUCAGGCAGUCAUUGAUUCAGCCGAAGCCAAGUCCAUCUACACCUUCCCCGCCGAGAUGCGCACCGAAGUCGAAACUCACUUCAACGCCGCACGAGGCAGUGACCCUUCCAUGAUGCAUCGCGCAUGGUUUGUCGCCACCGAGACAGAUCUUGAAGGCCUUGCAUUUGGCCGCAAAGGUCCGGUAGGAGGCAUAGCGGACGGAGUCAAGAAGCUCGCCAAAGCAGCUGUCUGCGUGCUCGAAGAAGCCACGUCACUCACCGAAGAGGAAGUUCUCGCUCUCUUCACUCCUUCCCUCGACCACUACGACUUUGUCAUCCACCUCAAGCCCUCGGUGCUCCCUCGUUACAGCGAGAAUGUUCGCGCAGAUCCAAGCGUGUGGGGCGGCAAACGGACCAAGUAUGCUAACGACGCAAAUGCGAGCGUCAACGCCGGUGAUACACGGCUCGGUUCAACGCCCAAGCCAGGCUUCGAUCCAGCUGAGUCCUUCCUCGCUAUACUUAGAGGACUCUACAGCGAUUCGUUCAGGUUGUACCACGACAAGCACGGUGGUAGCGUGAUCGGCGGCCUGUUUAACCCUUCGCUGGAUAGGGAGAGGGACUUCAAGGUAGGACUUGGAUUCUCUUCUUGCCCCACAAGCUCAAAGGCUGAGAAGACGCAGGUGCAGUUGAACAAGGUCGCUAUUAUGGCUGAGAUCGAGAGGCUGGGUGAAGGGUUGGUUGAGAAGGUCGAGGUUAGGAACGCUUAG